AUGACGGGGAAUGCGCUCUCUAGCGGGGAGUCCAGCGAGAGUGACGAAUGGGGAGAGUAUCUGCAGGGGGGCCAAUGGAGGACGGGCCAUCUUGAUAGCUCCAAGCUGAGUGACCCGGUCGAGGACACCUUUGACUCAUGCAGCUCGUAUGGAUCCCACGACUCGCAAGGACACCUUGGCGAGAGGGAUGAAGAAUCAAACAUAAAAAGAAUCAACAAGUACAUAGAAAAGCUGGACAUCCUGAGGAACAAGUGUGACCUAAAAAUAAGACUGAAUCAGCAAAAGGAGAAGGAGAACCUCGUAAACAACAUCGACAACAUAAACUUACAGGUGAAGAAGCAUUUGUUGUUCAAGCAGAAGAUUAAUAAAAUAAACAACUCCCUUAGGGAGAAGUGCAACUAUGAUGCUUUUUCGCAGAUGGAGAGGAUUUACAAAACCAUAUCGAAUGUUAACUCAUCGUAUGAAUAUAUUACGUUAAAAAUUCAGCUUCAGGAUUAUAUAAAGCAGGUGGAGGGUUGUCUGAGGAGGAAUUACCUGGAGGCCAUCGAGCCGCUAAACCAGUUUUUGCAAGUAAGGAGGUAUCUGUAUAAAUAUGGUAGGUGUGGGCUGCUGCGGGUGGGGGGCAUUCCAAACGGAGGAAGCAGCCCCAAUGAGGCAAGUUCCCCAGGCCAUGCCUACCAUGCCUACCAUGCCUACCACACCAAGGGGACAAUCGCACUCCUGAGCAGCGAAGACGCAGUCAUUGAAAGCGACAUAAUCAACUAUGUCCAGCAGAGGGAAAGGCAAUUAUCAGAGGACCACCCCGAACAGCAUAACGAUGUAUAUUCCCACUCGCAUUCGCAAGCACAGGCGUAUGCACAGAUAUGCCAGACAGAUGAAGAGAACAUAAAGUUGUUGAACGCGUACUACGACCAUGUGAAGGGUCUCAUCGAGGAAGAAAUCUGCGAAUGCAUAAAGGUGAAGGACGUAGAUGGGGUUAGGGCGAAGGUAGGCCUGUACUUGAGUAUUUUUCGCCGUCGAGAGGAGAAGAAAAGGGACUCCUCUCAGGGGGGCGGUGAAGAAAACCGCGAUAAUGUAAGCGCGGUGGGUAAUCAUGAUGAGGCAGACGAGGGGGAAAGUGACGGUGACGCAAGUGUGGUGGACAGUCACGAUGAGGAAAACGACGGUAUAGACGACGAUGAGGAAGACGAGGUGGGCAGUCAUGAUGAGGUAGACGACGUGGAAAGUCACAGUAGUGACCACGGUGACAAGCACCUUGGAGGAGGAGCCCCUGCUUGCAUCUCCCCAGAGGAUCAGUUGCUCCACUUCGGGGAAUACCUAUUCGUGUGUCGCGUGGCCAUGAAGCUGGUCGAGCAGGAAGUGGACAAGCAGUUGGACCUUCUAACCAGAAAAGUAGUGAGCACGGAAGAAAGUGUAUACGUGGAGUGCAUCAAAGGGACCUACACCUGCCUCUACAGACACAACGCCUUUUUGGAGAAGCUGUUGGGAGAUCAUAUAGUUUACAUUAUUUACAACAGAAAGGCAGAGCUACUCUUUAAUAAAGUCGUAAAAACCAUAUGUUCAAAUUUCUCCAAUCAGACGCAACUCCUACGAAUCAAUAAUUACAACGAAUUAACCAAGUUGGAUAAAAACGUCGAAAUGUUGUCUUUACUAUGUUAUCAUUUUCAAAAUAUAAAAAAAUUUUUACAGCAAUUUGGGGAAGAUAAAUUUCGAAAAUUAAAUUCCAUGUUCAUUUUAGCUAGCUGCAUAAAUAACGAAUUUUUUUCUGAACAGUCAGGCUUGUUUAAAAAUUUACCUUAUGUAAAAUGUAUACAAGACUGCUUAUGUUCGUAUAUCGAUUAUGAGAUAAUGUUUACCAAGCACUGCAUAGAUAAGGCAUUUGUUUUGACAGACGAUAUUAUGCUGUCUUUAAUAGAUGAGGAAAAGAGCAAGGGAAAGGACGCAAGAGAUUUUUACGAGAAUUUAAUCAACUUUGAAAAUAUAAUGAUGAACUGUAGUAAUAGCAAUGAGUACACGUCUACCCUACUUGAUGAUGCAUUUUUCAUUUUCCAAAAAUCUGUUUGCAGGAGUAUAAAUAUGAACGAUAUUAACACCAUGUGUGUUUUGGUGAAUCAUAUCAUUUUGUUUAUUGGCAGUACUUUGAAAAAUUACCUCAGUGAAAAUUUGAAAACGAGCAAAAAUAUAUAUGGCUCGUUUAUUCAUGAUGUUUCAAAUUUGAAGCCAUUUUCCUUUAGGGCUCUGCUGGGUAGUAUCGAUGAGACGAACUACGUGGAUGAAGGGCAAGGGAAUAACCGUACCGUGGCCCUGGCGCAGAAUUUUGUCAGUUCGCUUAGCUACGUGCGGAGUGAAGCACCGGAGGGGGUGACAGGGCGUAAUGACUUUGCACGUGGAAGUGGUGGCCGUAGUAGCGCCAUACGAGGGGGUGGUGAUAACUCGGCACGUGGAGAUCACCCCUCAGGAGGCAGCGAGGUGAAGGGCAUUUACGAAUAUCUAACAGCGGAACACUAUGAGAGUCUGUUCAACCCUCUGUCUGAUAGGAAGAACAUGGAGAGCCAAAACAUCAGCUCCAAGUUCAGCUACCCCCACUGCGUGAACAACAUAGACUCCUGCCACCAGUACAUACAAAACUUCAAACUAUUCAUUCACGAUUAUUUUGUGGACAAAUUUUUAAAAGAUAAAAAAAAAAAAAAAGAAAAAGAAAAGCAAAAUUAUCUCCUCAUGUUUACCAACUCGUUUGCCAAUUACGACAACCUACUUAGCGACUUUGAAAAUCUGAGUAUUGAGAAUUGUAAAAAUCUUUUGAACAUGUUGAAGGUGCACUUUGUUGGGCAGCUGGUCAUCAUCGAGAGCGUGAACUUCGAUAUAACGAGUGAGCAGUACGCCUACUACCAGCUCAACGACCCCUACAUUAACGCCUUGGUCAGCCGGAUGAAGCUGAUCGCUUACCACAUCUCGCUGUACUUCAACCAGAACAUCUUUCAAAUAUGUGUGGGCUUGCUGGCUGAGAAGAUCUGCAAAUAUAUCGAGCGGAUCGUGCGCACGAAGAAAUUUAGCCUGUACGGUUGCGUCCAAUUAGACAACGACAUCAGGAACCUCAUGCUGUUCUUCACAUCCCUCACCAGCAUCAACGUGAAGAAGGAGUUUACCAAGUUGCUGGAAAUGUGCGAACUACUAAACAUAAACGAUUUGCAAGACUUUAAGGAUUUCUACGACGAAAAUAAAAACAAUUUGAGUGCCAGUGAGGUGGAGGACAUCAUUUCAAUGCGCAUUGACAUUUCGGAGGAGCUCCUGGGGGCGAUGAAGCUGUACAUGAAUUGGGGCGCGACGUAA